GGUGCGCGCGGCGCGGCUGCCUCACUGUGCGGCGUUGUGGGUGUGUAGCAGGGCCAGAGCAGGGGCCGGGCCGGGGCUGCAGCGGAGCCUGGGCCGGAGUCAUGUCGCACGGGCACAGCCACGGUGGGGGCGGCGGCUGCCGCUGCGCCGCGGAGCACGAGGAGCCGCCAGAGCAGCGCGGCCUGGCCUACGGGCUCUACCUGCGCAUCGAUCUGGAGCGCCUGCAGUGCCUCAAUGAGAGCCACGAGGGCAGCGGCCGCGGCGUCUUCAAGCCGUGGGAGGAGCGGGCCGACCGCACCAAGUUUGUAGAAAGUGAUGCUGAUGAAGAGUUGCUGUUUAAUAUUCCGUUUACAGGUAAUGUUAAACUGAAAGGAAUCAUUAUUAUGGGAGAGGACGAUGACUCGCAUCCUUCAGAGAUGAGACUGUUCAAAAACAUUCCACAAAUGUCUUUUGAUGAUACAGACCGAGAACCUGAUCAGACUUUUAGUCUAAAUCGAGACCUCACCGGAGAAUUAGAAUAUGCUACAAAAAUUUCUCGUUUUUCAAAUGUCUAUCAUCUCUCUAUUCAUAUUUCAAAAAACUUUGGCGCUGACACCACAAAGGUGUUUUAUAUUGGACUGAGAGGAGAAUGGACUGAGAUGCGUCGACAUGAGGUGACUAUCUGCAAUUAUGAAGCAUCAGCUAAUCCAGCAGAUCACAAGGUCCAGCAGGUCACCCCACAGACACACUUCAUUUCUUAAAGGCAAGCUGGGGCUCCCACAGAAGCUUGUGUUCAGUGAUGAUGUCAGACAAUUGUUUUGGAAGGAAAAAGAUGGGGCUUGAGAGAGAAUGGCUUUUGCAGCUUCCCCUGAAGCUUUGUUGCUGGGGGCCUGAAAACUGAGGACACCAAACCAUUGGCAAGAGCUACUGGAUUGUUGAAGACAGUUUGGCACUUUGGGCACUGUAGAAAUUGGGUCUUGAGCCUGUUGGAAAUCUGAAAGUCAUGGAUAACCCUCAAUUUCCCAGUUUGGAUGUGGCUAUGGACUCUCUAAGUGUUUUUAUCCCUUUGUGGCAGGACUUGUGUGUGACCUUUUUAAAAAUUAGUGAUUUACCACUCCUGGGUUGCCUGUAGCAUUCCAAGAUCUUGGGAUUUUGUUCAUGGUGUUUGCCAGUAAGAUCUCCAUCUUGAAACAUCUCUUCUUGCUUGCUCCUUACUGUUUGUGUGAAGUAUUUUGUGUUCGUUGUGGCUAAGCCACUCAGGUCUACCAGGUAGCUGCUACCCCUUCUUGAAGUAUCCUGGGAUUGUGGCUAUAAAGCUAAUCUCUUGAUCACAUUUACAGCUUUGCACCCUUUCUUCCUGCCUUUGGUAACUGCCCCAGAGGGGCAGUGUGUGCUGAAAUUGUUCACAUGGCUAUGGCCAUCUUGGUGGUGACAUUGGGAUUUAAGAAAAGUGCUGUUUAUGGCAUGAUGCUUAAUGCUUCUUAGAAAACAGAAAUCUUUGAGCUCUUCUGUGCACAGCUUUCUAUUCCCUGUGACUAAGAAGCUUCCUAAUAAAUCCACAUCAGACAUAA